GCUUGCCAGAUUGGUGCUCUUCUAAACUGGGAGGAUGCCAGAGCUCUGAAAUAAGGCACAUCUAUCAUCUUUUCCAGAACUAUGAUAUUAUCUUGGAGGUAAAAAAGGACAGGUGCUUAAUUUAGAAGAAGCAUCUCCAUCUGGUGUCUCCACCAAGCAAUGCUCCCCUGCUGAUAGCCGCAUGAUGGAUUGGUCCCCAAAUUUCACUUGCUUCUCAGUCACCACUUUGGCAGAGUCCAACCAAACCGGCUCUGACUCCUCUGUGGACCUCCCAGCUGUUGGCCGAUCCUUGUCGGUAUUCAGAGUCCUCAUCUUGACCCUUUUGGCCAUGUUGGUAGUGGCCACCUUCCUUUGGAACUUGCUGGUGCUGGCAACCAUCUUGCGGGUGCGCACUUUCCACCGUGUGCCCCACAACCUGGUGGCUUCUAUGGCCAUCUCCGAUGUGAUGGUAGCCGCACUGGUGAUGCCUCUCAGCCUGGUACAUGAGUUAUCUGGGCGACGUUGGAGGCUGGGGAGGGUGCUGUGCCAAGCAUGGAUCUCCUGUGAUGUGCUGUGUUGCACGGCUAGUAUCUGGAAUGUCACUGCCAUUGCCUUGGAUCGCUACUGGUCCAUCACCCGGCACCUUGAAUACACCCUACGGACCCGGAGACGUAUCUCCAACAUCAUGAUUGCUCUGACUUGGUUCCUCUCGGCCAUCAUCUCCUUGGCCCCUGUGCUCUUUGGCUGGGGAGAAACGUACUCAGAGGGCAACGAAGAAUGCCAAGUCAGCCGGGAGCCUUUGUACACCAUCUUCUCCACCUUUGGGGCAUUUUAUUUGCCUCUCUGCGUGGUGCUUUUUGUAUACUGGAAAAUCUACAAGGCAGCCAAGUUUCGCAUUGGAUCGCGCAAGAGCAAUUCCAUCACUCCAAUCACACCUGAAGCACUAGAGGUAAAGGAAGCCUCCCAGCAACCCCAGAUGGUGUUCACCGUCCGCCAUGCCACGGUGACCUUCCAAACUGAUGGAGAUACCUGGAGGGAGCAGAAGGAGAAGAAAGCUGCCUUGAUGGUGGGCAUCCUCAUUGGCGUCUUUGUGCUAUGUUGGAUCCCCUUCUUCAUCACUGAACUCAUCAGCCCGCUCUGCUCCUGUGACAUCCCACCCAUCUGGAAAAGCAUCUUCCUUUGGCUCGGCUACUCCAAUUCCUUUUUCAACCCUUUGAUCUACACCGCCUUCAACAAGAACUACAACAAUGCUUUCAAAAACCUGUUCUCCAGGCAGCAAUGAAUAUUGUGCUACAAGAAAUCAGAAGACCUUUGGAAAAGAAAAGAAAAAAACUUCCUUCCACCUUGUAUAGAAAGAGGGACAUAAACACAGAGAAUCCCGACAGAGAAAUUUAGAUGUUUCCAGAUGAGCUGUUGAUACCCCAAUAUAAAGAAAAUGUUCUUGUGAAUUCAGACAUUUUCCUUGAAGACAGCUCUUCUUGUGUACAGACACCUUAUUUCUCCCUAGGGCUUAAAAAAGCAAUAUUUUGUUGCUAAGAGAAUCUCUUUUUUUUCUUCCCAGUUUAUGUUCCAGUAGUUCUCAAUGUUGUGUAGAACAUCAACAUCUUUGAUUGUCACGACCUUUCACUAGAUGACACCUGUGAUAUCACUUGCAAUGAGUGAUAUUAACUUCCUCCCCCUCUUACUGUCCAUGUGUCUUUUUAUGAAAAGAAAAGGGAAAGAAUAAGAUAGCUGUGGUUAUUUUUAACUCCUCAGAGGACCUAACCCCCUUUACUGUAUUGCUCAAACACAGUAUUCAUUUGGCCCUAAAAUGGAGAAGAAAGAGACAGUGUUGAACACAGGCAAAGCACCUUAAAAUAAUAGUUUAAUGUUGUACUAUUCCAUUACAGCAUGGUGUUAAAAAUGCAAUGGGCCAGUUGGUCUGGGGCCAGUGGUCAAUUUUCUUCCAGACUGCCACCACCAUUCUUCACUCCCUCAA